ACCGUGAGCGCGCGUCGCGUCGCGUGUGUCGCUCGACGCAUCUCAUACAUCGCGAAACCAUGGUCUCCGUGGGCAGUUGGCGGCACCGGUCGUCUGACCAGUGCGAAGAGCGCUCCGACGUCUGCGCCUCCAGCUCCGCCGUCCCCAGGGCUCCCCCCAACUGCGCCCGUUGCCGAAAUCACCGUCUCAAGAUAGAGCUCAAGGGCCACAAGCGCUACUGCAAAUAUCGUUAUUGCACUUGCGAGAAAUGCCGGCUGACGGCGGACAGACAGCGCGUUAUGGCGCUCCAGACGGCCUUGAGACGUGCCCAAGCGCAGGACGAGGCGAGGGCGCGGUCCAGGAAGCAACCAGUUGGCGUGGAGCUGGAGCGACCAGAGCCUCCCAUAGUGAAGGCGCCGAGAAGCCCCGCGGUGCCGCCCCCGGCGCCCCGCUCACUGAGUUCCAGCAGUUCAGUGGAUUCGGCUUCCAGGUCCCCGGAGGUGUCCCCUUGAUAUGUGCAGGAUUUCUGUAUAAAUCUAAAUCCAGACCUCGACGCAUCUCAUACAUCGCGAAAUCAUGGUCUCCUUGGGCAGUUGGCGGCGCCGCUAGCUCGACCAGCGUGAAGAGCGCUCCGAGCCCAGCGCCCCACUCGCUAGGCUGCAGCAGUUCAGUGGAUUCGGUUCCCGGAGCCCCGGGGGGUGUAUCGUAAAUGAUAGUCUUACCUAGUCAUAAAUAAAAGUACAGAGUACUAAGUGUGAAAUCUCUCGUGAGAUUAGGAGAGGGUGGAAGGGUUUGAAUCAAAUCUCAAAAUAAAAAAAGGAAAAGGGAAACGAUGAAAAAUUUGAAGGCCUCAUGUAAUUAUUGGACGCCCACAAUCCAAAUCUUCCAACAUAUGAUCCACUUUAUUGAACAAUUCAGUUGGAUAAAAACAUAUAUGUUUUUCGUCGCGAUUUUGGAGUUACAAUUAAAUACCUUUUAUUUGAUUGAGAUAUAGCAAAAGGUAUACGAUCCGAUGGUUCGCCAUCGAUUUGCACAAGUGUGGAAUACACCGACACACGUUUAUCAUAGUUGUGAGCCGACCAUGGACUAUGCAAGCGCUGUAUGAAUAAAACUUUUCAGAUACUUGUAUUCAUCGUGAAAAUAGCAUCAUCUCAACAAACGUUGUACACAUUAUUUUGAGAGAAAUAUCCCCAACAUGACUUCUAGGAGCAGACCUGUUACAACGUUACAUAAUUCGGUUACUUAUUUCAUAAAUUAACCAGUCAAUUAUCCCGGCUUCAAUCAUAUUCAUUCGGGAUAUUUUUAAAAUCUAUUUUUUUACGUAUUACUUAUAUUUAAAA